CCUAAUUUUUACAAUUCAAUUGGAUGCGCUGUACAAGGAGCUGGUCCGGUCCAAUCUAGUUAUUACAUUUCCCAGUCCUGACAGAUUCUAGAGAGAGAAGAGGUCUAGGGUUCAAUUUUUAUUUUCUCGGGAAAACAGAAAGUGUGGUGCGCUAGAAAGUGGAGGAAUGAGAGAGUGAGAAAAUCAGGUGGUGUGGAGAUUGAAAGCUUCGAUCGAGAGGUGAGUGUGGACUCCCUCUGAUCGUGACUUGUGUCUGUCUGGUCGAGUCCCAACAUUUUUUGAGGGAAUUUAUGAGCUCGCGAUCCCCAAAAUCGGUACAGUAUUUAAGAUCUUAAUGAGUUGGAUGGAUAAUGCCGUUAAGUUUGCUCUGCUGCUGGUGCUCCUUGGAUACGUUUCCACCACAAUAAAUGCCUCUCCUAGAAAAGGUGAAUUUGAGCACUGUGAAAGUAUUGUCAAGAAUUGGGCAUCUUAUUCCCUUGAUUUAGAAGUUAAAGAAGAUAAGCAUGUACUGCGCGAUUUGCUAUUUUUCCUUCACGUUCCUAGAACAGGAGGACGAACAUACUUCCAUUGUUUCUUAAGAAAGUUAUACGCUAGCACUCUGGAAUGCCCCCGAUCUUACGACAAGUUGCGGUUUGAUCCCAGCAAGCCAAACUGCAGGUUAUUGGUUACUCAUGAUGACUAUAGCAUGAUGUCCAAACUUCCCGGGAAGAGAACUUCUGUGGUGACAAUACUUAGGAAUCCAAUUGACCGUGUUUUUAGCACUUACGAGUUUUCAGUGGAGGUAGCGGCUAGGUUUUUGGUGCAUCCUAACUUAACAUCCGCCACACGAAUGGCUGGACGCUUGCGUUCAAAGACCAAUGGAGUAAGCACCCUGGAUAUUUGGCCUUGGAAGUAUUUGGUUCCAUGGAUGAGAGAGGACCUAUUUGCUAGGAGAGAUGCCAGAAAGCAAAGAGGCCCAUUCCAUGUUAAAAGCAAUGACUCAUACAAUAUGGAAGACAUUGUAAUGCCAUUACAUGAAUACAUUAAUGACCCUAUAGCUCGGGACAUCAUUCACAAUGGAGCCACGUUCCAGGUUGCAGGACUGACAAACAACUCUUAUCUAGCUGAAUCACAUGAAGUGCGUCACUGUGUACUGCAGUAUCGGACUCUUGGUGAAUAUGUGCUUGAAGUCGCAAAAAAGAGGUUGGAUGAUAUGUUGUAUGUUGGGCUAACAGAGGACCACAGAGAAUCUGCUACAAUGUUCGCAAAUGUAGUUGGUGCACAAGUGAUUUCUCAAUUGAUAGCGUCCAACUCUAGCAUGGAGCUUGCAGCUUAUAACAAAUCGGAACAAAGCUCUUCGUUUCCAGAUUCCGAGUCUGAUACUAAUGAUCAUCUGAGUACUAGCUCAGGCCCAAAGGCAGAGAAAAUGCCUUCAAAUGAAAGUGAAGGAACAAAUGGAAAUAUGACCGUGGAAAAACUUAUGGAAGCUUAUGGGACAUGUAUUUCUACCUUACGAAAGGCCCAAUCACAACGGCGUACAUCUUCUUUGAAGAGAAUCUCCCCAACAAACUUUACGAAGGAGGCACGUCUCCAGGUUCCUGAAGUGGUUCUCCAGGAGAUUAAAUCACUUAACAGCCUAGAUGUGGAGCUCUAUAAGUAUGCACAGGAAAUCUUCUCAAAGCAACAUAAACAUAUGGUGCAGAAGUUAGUUGAUGCAGAGAGGAAGGAGAGCAUGUUCAACAAAGCAUAUGGUGCCAAUUCUGAAACAGUUUUUUGGUUUGCCUUUUCAAUCGUCUCUCUCCUUUUGUUCAUCUUUCUGUUUGUAAAUGCAAGAAGAAGAACGUCGAAACUUAAAAUAUGAAUGCGAUUUAAUUGUAUGGAUAGUGGGGGAAAAAAAAAAAGAUUUUAGGAAAAGGGUACAAGUAAAAGUUAGUUUAGUGUCUUCUUUAUAGUCAGUGCUUGUUCCUCCUUAUAUUUAAGGCCAGAUGUGAUAUUUUUGUAGAGAUGGGUAAUCAUGAUAAUGUUAUAAGUUUUCUACAAUUUCUUUUUAUUUUUCCUUUUUUCUUUUCUGUAUUCUUUAGGUAGUUUGUACUGGUUUUUGGGGUUCUGCUAUCAAAGCUAUAGCUGAGAUUGACCUCUACACUAAUGAAUAUGCAACUGUUCUGCUGA